AUGGCAUUGCAAUACAUAAUAUUCCAACAAUUUUCCUUGUUCUUGUUGGGCACAGUUUCAGUUUAUGCAAAUUUUGGUUAUCCAGCACUGCCCAAUUGUCCAAAUCAAUGCGGCAAUGUCACAAUCUCUUACCCUUUUGGUAUUGGAUCAGGUUGCUCUAAAGAUGAGUCGUUCUCUAUUAUAUGUAGCACUUCAUUCAACCCUCCUAAACCUUUAUUGACAAAUCCUCAGGCUGAGAUUUUGGAAAUAAAUCUCCCAGGAGGUUCCAUGCGCGUCAAUAGUGAGAUUUAUUCUUCAUGUUCCGGACUUGUGAAUAUAAGCAAGAACUUGGGAGACAAUCCCUAUUUAUUCUACCCAGAAAAUGGUAACAGGUUUACGGCAUUGGGUUGUGGUGUCCAGGCCACAAUCAGUGAAAAUAAUGAACUCAUUGGAGGUUGCAUGUCUAUUUGCAACGAUGAGAGCCAUGCCUCAUCCUCUAGUUCAGGUGCUAGUUGUUAUGGAAUCACCUGUUGCCAGGCUAUGAUUCCUUAUGGACUAAAGAACUUCACUUUGAGUGUCAGUGGGACAAACAAAGAUGGUAGUUACGAGACCUGCAAGUAUGCCUUCCUGGUUGACCAAGAUUGGUUUCUUAACCAAACAUUUUCUUACCCUUUUUAUUAUAUGCCUUCGGACCUCUUUCCUGUAGUGCUUGAUUGGAAGUUCUCUGCAAAUGAGACAUGCAAAAUUUGUGGCCCCAAUGCUAUUUGUUCAGUGAAUCAAAGCUUUGUUUCUUGCUCAUGUGCCAAAGGCUUUGCGGGGAACCCGUAUCUUCCACAAGGAUGCACAGAUGUUGAUGAAUGUGAGGAUGUGGGCCUGAAUGAUUGUGUCAAAAUCUGCGUCAACACCCUAGGGAACUACCAAUGUUGUUGUCCUUCAGGUUACAGUGGUGAUGGCCGUAGAGGUGGAAUUGGUUGCGUUGAAAACAAACAGUGGGUUAGAACAGCUAUAAUAGGUGCUAGUGCAGGCUUAGGACUUUUGCUUGUAAUUCUUGGAGCUUUAUGGCUCACAAAGUACUGCAAAAAAGAAAAAGCAUUGAACUCAAAAGAGAAAUUCUUCAAACGAAAUGGUGGUUUAUUGUUGCAGCAAAAAUUAUCUUCAAAUGAAGGUAGUGUCGAGAAAACUAAACUUUUUACUUCAACAGAAUUAGAAAUUGCUACUAAUAUGUAUAAUCAGAAUAGAAUCAUCGGUCAAGGAGGGCAAGGCACAGUGUACAAAGGAAUGUUAUCUGAUGGGAGAAAUGUUGCAGUCAAAAUGUCCAAAGUAAUUGAUAAGGCACAACUUGAGCAGUUUAUAAAUGAGGUCGUUAUCCUUUCACAGAUUAAUCAUAGAAAUGUUGUUGAGUUGUUAGGUUGUUGCUUAGAGACUGAAGUUCCUCUACUUGUUUAUGAGUUCAUUCCAAAUGGAACUCUUUACCAUGCUAUCCAAUAUCAAACAGAGGGAUUUCCUUUUUCUUGGGAAAUUCGAUUGCGCGUAGCCACAGAAGUUGCCAGUGCAAUUGCAUACUUGCAUGCUUCAGCUUCUGUUCUCAUCUAUCAUAGAGAUGUCCAGUCUUCUAACAUCCUAUUAGAUGAAAAAUUGUCAGCUAAAUUGUCAGAUUUUGGAACCUCAAAGUCAGUUUCUCUUGAUAUAACGCACUUAACUACACAAGUGAAAGGUACUUUUGGCUACUUGGAUCCUGAAUAUUUUCGCUCUAACCAAGUCACAAAAAAAAGUGAUGUUUAUAGUUUUGAAGUGGUUAUGGUCAAGCUUAUGACAAGGCAGAAGCCAAUUUUUUUGACUGAAGAAGAGGAAAAUAUAAGUUUAGUUGCAUAUUUCAUUUCAUCAUUGGAUCAAAACAACUUAAUUGGUAUUCUCGAUGCUCAGGUAAUGAAGGAAGAUAGGAAGGAAGAGCUAAUGGCAGUUGCUUACAUUGCAAAAAGAUGUCUAUACUUAAAUGGGAGGGAUAGGCCAUCAAUGAGAGAAGUUGCAAUGGAAUUGGAGGGGAUUAUGAUCUCAAAAGGGUAUUUAUCUACUGACCAAAAACAAGAUAUAACCAAUGCGAAAAUGCUGACUGAGAUUGGGGAAUGUAGUUCAAUCUCAACCGGAACAUACUCAUUGAUGUGCAGUGAAUCUUCAAAAGAUGUCCACUCACUUAAGUUACAUACAAUCUGA